AUGGUUCACGCUCAGAAAUCCCCCGCAGCCCCGCACCCCUCUGGUGCAGUCCCCCGCACCUCUCUGGUGCAUCCCCCGCACCCCCGCACCUCUCGGGUGCAGUCCCCCGCACCCCUCUCUGGUGCAGUGCCCCGCACCCUGCACCUCUCUGUCCCCCGCACCCCUGCACCUUUCUGGUGCAGUCCCCCGCACCCCUCUCUGGUGCAGUCCCCCGCACCCCCGCACCUCUCUGAUGCAGUCCUCCGCACCCCCGCACCUCUCUGGUGCAGUCCCCCGCAGCCCCGCACCCCUCUGGUGCAGUCCCCCACACCUCUCUGUCCCCCACACCCCCACACCUCCCUGGUGCAGUCCCCCACACCCCCGCACCUCUCUGUCCCCCACACCUCUCUGGUGCAGUUCCCCACACCCCUGCACCUCUCUGUUCCCCGCACCCCCGCACCUCUCUGGUGCAGUUCCCCGUACCCCCGCACCUCGCUGGUGCAGUUCCCCGCACCCCCGCACCUCUCUGUCCCCCACACCUCUCUGGUGCAGUUCCCCACACCCCUGCACCUCUCUGUCCCCCACACCCCCACACCUCCCUGGUGCAGUCCCCCACACCCCGCACCUCUCUGGUGUAGUCCCCCGCACCUCUCUGUCCCCCACACCUCUCUGGUGCAGUUCCCCACACCCCUGCACCUCUCUGUCCCCCGCACCCCGCACCUUUCUGGUGCAGUCCCCGCACCCCCGCACCCCUCUCUGGUGCAGUCCCCCGCACCCCCGCACCUCUCUGAUGCAGUCCUCCGCACCCCCGCACCUCUCUGGUGCAGUCCCCCGCAGCCCCGCACCCCUCUGGUGCAGUCCCCCACACCUCUCUGUUCCCCGCACCCCCGCACCUCUCUGGUGCAGUUCCCCGCACCCCCGCACCUCUCUGGUGCAGUUCCCCGUACCCCUGCACCUCUCUGGUGUAGUCCCCCGCACCCCCGCACCUCUCUGUCCCAGUCAAAAUACCAAUCCAAAUACUACCAGUCCCAGUCAAAAUACCAAUCCAAAUACUACCAGUCCCAGUCAAAAUACCAAUCCAAAUACUACCAGUCCCAGUCAAAAUACCAAUCCAAAUACUACCAGUCCCAAUCCAAAUACUACCAGUCCCAGUCAAAAUACCAAUCCAAAUACUACCAAUCCCAAUCCAAAUACUACCAGUCCCAGUCAAAAUACCAAUCAAAAUACUACCAGUCCCAAUCCAAAUACUACCAGUCCCAGUCAAAAUACCAAUCAAAAUACUACCAGUCCCAAUCCAAAUACUACCAGUCCCAAUCCAAAUACUACCAGUCCCAAUCCAAAUACUACCAGUCCCAGUCAAAAUACCAAUCAAAAUACUACCAGUCCCAAUCCAAAUACUACCAGUCCCAAUCCAAAUACUACCAGUCCCAAUCCAAAUACUACCAGUCCCAACCCAAAUACUACCAGUCCCAAUCCAAAUACUACCAGUCCCAAUCCAAAUACUACCAGUCCCAAUCCAAAUACUACCAGUCCCAACCCAAAUACUACCAGUCCCAACCCAAAUACUACCAGUCCCAAUCCAAAUACUACCAAUCCCAAUCCAAAUACUACCAGUCCCAAUCCAAAUACUACCAGUCCCAACCCAAAUACUACCAGUCCCAAUCCAAAUACUACCAGUCCCAACCCAAAUACUACCAGUUCCAAUCAAAAUACCAAUCCAAAAACUACCGGUCCCAAUCCAAACACUACCAGUCCCAAUGCAAAUACUACCAGUCCCGAUCGAAAUACUACCAGUCCCAAUUCAAACACUACCAGUCCUGA